UUCAGGAUCCCUUGAAAUUGAAAGGGAGCUCUAAUCACUUGAGAUAUUUCUCACUCUCAAUACUAUUGCUUUAUUAAUGUGAUAAACCUGUAUUUCCCCUUGGACUUUAAAAUAAAUCUGAAUAACUUUCGCCCAUAACUCCAUAAGCUCCAUACAAAAAAAUAAAAAAAGACGAACGAGUGAAAUUUCCGGGUGAUUAUCGUGUGAUCACAUUGUACCAUUGCUAAAGUUGGUACUUGCUGUUGCUACGAGUAGUUUACCAUCCAUCUUUCAUUCUUCGCGCUACUACUUUCCUCUUUCCUCUUUGUCUGCGGAAGAUUCCCUUCGUUGUUCAUCUUCAUUCUUCAUCUGAUUGAAACAGAAUUUGGUUCAAUUGGGUUCUUCAUCUGCCCUAAUUGAUUGCUGUCAGCUUGAUAAUCAUAUAUUUGGUACUGUUUUCUGGGGAGAGAUUGGAUAUGGACAAAGUGAAGAGUAUGUUGGGGGUGAAGCCAAACCCUCAGCAACUGCUUAGAGAUUGGCAAAGGCGUCUUCGUCAAGAGGGUCGUAAUAUCGAGCGCCAGAUUCGAGAUAUUCAAAGGGAAGAGAAGAGUGUACAAAAAGCAAUUAGAGAUGCUGCCAAGAGAAAUGACAUGGGUUCUGCAAAGGCACUUGCUAAGGAAAUUGUGAGGUCAAGAAAAACUGUCAAUCGUCUUCAUGAGAAUAAAGCUCAACUUAAUUCAAUAUCAAUGCAUCUCGGAGAAAGUGUUGCUGUUGCUCGUACAGUGGGUCAUUUGCAAAAGAGUGCUGAGGUGAUGAAACUUGUCAAUAACCUCAUGAAAGCUCCACAAGUUGCUGUUACUAUGCAAGAGUUCAGCAAAGAGAUGACCAAGGCUGGGGUAAUUGAAGAGUUUGUCAACGAGGCUGUUGAUGAUGCGCUAGAUUCUGAAGACAUAGAAGAGGAAACAGAGGAAGAGGUUGACAAGAUCCUCACAGAGUUGGCCAGUGAGACUGCUGCACAGCUUCCUGUUGCAGCGAGGAAAGAAAAGAUUAAGGCACCUGCACAGAGCACGAGCAUACAGGAUGAGGAGCCAAUUGCUGAAGGUUUAGAUGACGAGGAAGAAAUGGAGGCGAUAAGGGCACGUUUAGCCAAAGUUAGAUCAUAAGAUACAAAUCUCGCCAAGAACAGAUUACUUGAUCAUGGAACCUGAUUUUCCUCUCCGGCCCCUCUCUAACAUACACAUAAUGAAUGAUACGUGAGUUAAUAGGCUCUUCAGAUCGGUUCCGUCACAUUUGUCUGUGUUACCAAACUUUGUUGUAAAUAAUAUGUAACUCAGCUUUUGCAUAAUGGAUUCUAUCUUCUGGAUUUUCGGUUGUGUAAUGAUCUCUGAAGUCUUCCCUAUUCUCAGUUCUAAUGUAAAGGGCCUUCAGCUUGUGUAAGGCAUAAUGACUACUCCCAUGCCACUAAACUCUAAUUUUUUAAUAUUCCAUAUUUGGUUGAACUUGUAAUGUUCAA